UUCUCUGAGUGGGAUUUGGUAGUUGGUACCACCUAGGCAUAAUUGCCAAAUCUGUAUAUAAAGAAAACAAAACUUCGAACUUGGACUACUCGUGUGUCUUUUGUUCUUGUUUACUCCGUCAAUAGUUAUUGUUACACCGAUCGGAAGACUCAAUUAAGGAUCAAGAGACACCAACAACACAGAAGAAGAAGAAAGAAACACCAAUCAAUAUUCAAUAGCUAUGUGUUGCUGCUGUGAUGACGAUUGUGAGUGCAGGCCUUUAGGGUUUCUGUUAGGCCUGCCCUUUGCCUUCCUCUCUCUGAUCCUCUCUCUUGUGGGAAUCGUUGUGUGGAUUGUGGGAUUGUUGUUAACCUGCAUAUGCCCCUGCUGCUUGUGCGUGACGAUCAUUGUGGAAUUGGCGCUGGCUUUGAUCAAAGCUCCCAUUCUGGUCCUCAAGUGGUUCACUUCCAAGAUCCCUUGUUAGGGUUUCAACUUGCAGAUUCAGUUUGUGAUUAUUGCUUAUCAUUCGUUCGUACUGAUUCUCGGAUGUAAUUGACUUUUUUGGAUGAUAUACAUGAAAUAAUCAUAUUUUUCUACGUUGAUUUUAUUGUUUUGGUGAUUA